AUGUCGUCGAAACCCUUCGAUAUCCCGAAGAUUCAGAAAUGUUGGAUUCGCCAGAACCUCAAGAACCACUACGGGAGAGAUAGACUCGUACUCAGAUCGGAGGAGCACUCGAGGGAUAGCGACGGAGAGAUCAGUGAGGAAGGAGACUUAGAGGAUGAUGAGGAUGUGCCUGGGGUCGAAAUUUCAGUGGAGGUCGAGGCCGAAGGCAAAAAAGCCCAAGUCAUCGACGAGUCGGAAUUGGAGACACCUGAUCUUGGUGCAUUUACGACAGUCUUCCGUGCUUUGAAUGAACUUCAGCCUCGCCAAUUCCCAUUCGUAACCGCCGCUGUGUCUGCCACGCCGGCACCGCUUCUGCAACAGCCACUUUCGUCAUCCACGACGCCCUCUUUGCUCUCCCCGCUCGAGUACGACUCGGAUACCCACAGAGGAUCCACCGUGUGGAACCACCAGCCUAUUGCUUCCUAUCUAUCCUACACCCACUCCUCCACUUCCACCUCUCGCGAACUCGCCUCAUCCAGAGGCACACGCUCACUACCCCCAUCCGAGCACCUCUCGUCCGAAGAGAACGAGACGGAAGGCGAACCUUUCAUUGACGACGACAUUCACGAAGAUGACGAGCACGAGCAUACUCAUGACGAGGAGGAGGAGGAAGAUGAGGAGGAAGACGAAGACGUUGACGAAGACAAUGGCCCAUUCGAUAGGCCGUCGCUGGGUUAUCUCGACGAGGCCCUCGAUUUCAUUGCUGCAGAGCGCGCUAAGCUAGCCGCACAGCGUGCAUCCUCCUCCACUGCCUACCGUGGCAACAGCUCCACCUCCGAAAGCCCAUGGCAUCAGUCUCCCUCCGCCAGGCGUAAGCGCCGGCGGAAGAAGGCGAAGUCUAUCGUGCGCAACAUACUGCGUCGCGAACCUGGCGCUGACUCAGAGACCGUUGCUGCUGUCGCUGUCGCCGCCACAACCAUUCUCGACGCUGAAGAGGAGGAAGACGAAUCGUCGUCUUCGCUCGAUACCUCAUCGCCGUACUACAAAUCCACGCCCGCUACUCCGCCGAAACUGAAGAAGGAGCGCAGAGCUGGUUUGAAUACCGCGGUGGAGUCAAAUCCUAGGCUGAGCCACAGUAAAUCAACGCCCAGUCUCAGAACGUUAGCCGUCCCUCUCGAUCCCCGACUCGCUCGCUUGCGUUUGCUCUCUGCCAAGCUUCGUUCUAUGUUCCCGGACGAUGCGGAGCGCUUGAACGCCUCGACUGUAUUAUCUAAUGAUCAACAUAUCAACAAUUUCACUUCCUCUGCAUCUCCUAGUAUUUCUAUUCCUUUCGGCUUUCUGGACACACGGGGACCGGCUCCGAGGGCUGGUCAACCGUUGACGCAUGUUUUUAUAGACUUUUCCAAUAUUCUCAUUGGCUAUUUAAAUCAUCUCCGCCGCCAUCCUCACCACCUCCACCUCCACUCCCAACACCCUACUCAACGCCACCAGCGUAACAGCUCAACGAGCAACACCGGCACAGGCUCCGGAUCCUCCAACGCUCCUUCCUUUCACAAACAGCCGAAACAUCUCUCGCACUCUGCGCUCGCCCUCAUCCUCGAACGCUGCCGACCCGUCACGCGACGCGUCUUGGCUGCGUCUUCGCCUCUUUAUCAACCUAUGGACACGGCGGAGCAGCUGGGGUAUGAGGUCAGAGUCUAUGCGAGGGUGCCCGAUACGGGCGAUGGUGCGGAUAGGCUCGCGAAAUAUCAGCAGCAGCAGCAAAGCCAUCAGGGACAGGGCCCGACGCAAUCGAUACCGCAGAAGAAGGGCCGUGCAGCGAAGCAUAACAGGAGGAUCUCAGCGGGCGGGACUUCAACUUCGAACGAAUCCGAGACGGGCCAUCAAGGUCCACAUCAACCUCAAUUGCACCCCCAUCGCCCAUUCGCGGGUCCGCUUCAACAGCAACAGCAACAGCUUGGCUUACAUUCGAACUCGUCCACCGGUCGCGUCAAGAUGCGCGAGCAGGGAGUCGACGAGCUUCUUCAAUUGAAACUGCAUCAGGCCAUCGCGGACGUCGAUACGCCGCCGCUCGGGUCGACUAUAGUACUCGCCACGGGAGAUGGGAAUGUGGGGCAGUUUAACGAGGAGGGGUUCUUGGGGUGUGUGAAGACGGCGUUGAAGAAAGGGUGGAAGGUCGAGUUGUAUGCUUGGGAGAGUGGGUUGGCCAGGGCUUGGGUGAGGGAGUUUGGGGACGGAGGGAACCCGAGUUUGGCGAAGAGGAUGGGGGAUGGGAGGGAUAAUGACAAGGAUAGGGACGGGGGGAAGGACGCGAAGGAGAGGGAGAGAGAGAAGGCAGAGAGGGAAGAGAAGGAGAGGCAGCAGCAGCAGUGGGCGGGCAAGUUCCGCAUUGUUUUCAUGGAUCAGUUUGGAGCAGAUCUUUUGGAUGGGUGAUCGUCAAGAUGGAGCGGAAGAUGGAGGCGCAUGCGGAAUUCGAAUAAUCGGCGAACGUGUACGAUAUCUCGCGGGCGGAAGUCUUUGUGUCUUGGGUUGUGGUUAGAGUGAUGGAGUUUGGGUAGGUCGUUCGAGGGAUGAUGGAAAGCCGGGAAGGGAAUGUGGCGAGACCAAUCCGUUGGUUGUGGGCCAUUGAUACCGCACAUCAUGGGCGGUUCGUCGGCGGUACAGACUAUGCGUUCUCCCUCGCUGAAUUAUAGCAUUGGUCGCAUCGUCGUUCGACGGUCUUUGACACUUCUUUCCCACAUCUUCCGAGCUUCAGUGCGUGCGCCUGCCAUGCGCGUAGUAUUCAUUCUAGCUUAUUUUGUUUUGUCGGUGGAAGGUGUACGUUAUUAUUCGCAGUUGGAGGAUACCAUUCACUCUGUCCAAUCUUCCGCGCCUUUCGUCUCCAUCGUACUCAUUGUGUCAUACGCGUUCAUUUUAUUGGAUCGGGGAGUCAGUUCGAGCCGAGAGUGGGUGAAGUCCACGGCUGUCCUUUGUACAUUAUGUUAUUUGGUGGUGUGGGUGGUUGUUACUGGCAGGUAAAUGCACAGGCGAUUUGUGAUUAUUAUUUUCUACUUUACCGAGAAACCUGCUUUUGCGGGGGGCGUAGCACUGUGGCAAGGUUUAUUUUUUUCUCCCGCAAUCAGCAACCUCCUUGUUCUUCC